AUGGAGCUGUUGAAUGUGCAGCCCUAUGCGACAGCGCUGCAGCGUCUGCUGCGGGCGGGCGUCUGCAGCGACGAUCAACUGCAUGACUACAAUCUCUCUCAAGCCUUCCGUGGCAUUGCAUACGCAGCGAACCGGGUGUCGUUGGCGGCUCCCAAUCUGUUUCCCUCGCGAGUCCCUUUAACUGAUGGGAACACGUCGACACAUUCAGCCACUUCUUCUGCUCCAGGUGGCGGCGGGGGUAUUACAACGACUGGAGGUGUUGCGGUGCUGUGUCACAUGUGCGCAGCGGCGUUAACAUCUCAAAUGCAGCUUCGCACGGUGGUCUAUCUCUCUACGCGUCUGCUGUGUGACGAGGCGAGUGCCUUCGGGGAGGGCAAUGAGCGGCCCUGCUGCACAGUGGCGUGGACCGAGGCACUCUGCUCCCUCGGUGAGAAGUCAUUCAUACGGGAGCAGAUGGGUAUCCACCGCCGUCUGGCCUUAGGCUAUGUGCUUAUUCUUGGAGGGACAGUUCGUGCGGUGGCACGUGGGUGCGUGGUGGGUAAAAGACUCACAAGUCACUUUGCAAACUUUACCCGGCGCAUACUGGACGACGUUUUGCCGUGUGUUGCCGUCAUGGCAGAUGCGAGGGACGGUUUCACAACAGCAACUCGCACUCCUGAUGAUAAUGAUGUCAUGGGCUUCUCUUCCCCCUCCUCCGAUAAUGCACUUUUGGCUGUGCCAGACGCGUUACUGGCUCCUUCACGACUAAUUGUGGAGGCGAAUAACACGAUUCUACAUCUGUUUCACGAUGUGGCUCUGGAUGUGUUAGAAGUUCAUCACAGCAGUGAGAAGCACAGAGUAAAUUUUCGUACGGUACUAGACCGUGAAGUGCCUACUCGACUGUGGCCUGUAGUUUCUCUCCUGGGUAGUGCCUUGUCCCGUGCACUUUGCUGGAUAGAGCAUGAAGCAUUGUGGCAUAUUCACUCCGUCGGUGCGCCGGCUGUGCACAAGGAGGUGCAAGCCACUGUGGAUACGUUUACUGUCGUCAAGGGUUUGCUGGAGGCGGUAUUCUCUCAGUUGGUGAAGCAGCAGGAGGCCCUUGAGUGUGCACGUCGGUCUGUUGAGCAACAGUUUGGGCAGAACGCCAAGGACUACCAUGACACCAGUGACAUGAUGUGGUCAAACACAUUGAGACUUUGUGUCCUGUGUCGGAGUGUUACGAGCGCCUGGACACAGAUUCACUGUGGUCUUGGAGACACAGAUGUGCAGCAGACAACGAAGAAGGUUCUUGGUCUUGUUGCUUCUUUUGUAUCAACUGUACCGCAGUUGGGGGAAGGGGAAAAGGAAUCGGAUGUUUUCAUAGCCACCACAUCCCUUCUCUCAGCAGUGUUUGCUGCUGUUGUUGUGGCGCCUGCACCAAUGAUGCAGGCGCCACUUUGGGCAGCCGACCCAGCCUUGACCCAACAGGUUCACAAUGUCCUUGUCCAACGCGCACUUAGGUACAAGGAUGAGAAGGUGCAAAAAUUGAGUGCACUUCUCUCACGGCUGAUUCUUUAUAGCUCAUCAACGUCCUCCACCGCACGCAGCAUUGCCGCUUCAUCCGAUCAGCUGCUGGACCUCCUUGCAGACGGCCGUGACGGGGCGUCGCAGUGCGUCAUAGCGAUGCUUACACGCGCUGCUGUCGAGCGUCCACACACUGUUCUGCCGUCGCUUUUUCGACUUCUGCAGCAUGGCGAUGUUAAAACUAGACGGAAUGUGCUCGAUGUGCUCACAGCACUUCCCAGGGCAUGUGAUGAUAGUGCUUACGGAGAAUCAUUCACAGCGGAGCGGAUGCGACCAGUAUUGCGUCUAUUGUCGGAAGAACUGCUUUUACGAAUUCAGGACGAUGAGCUUCUCGUUCGAUUACAAAGUUCUAAACUUUUUUCGAAGGUGUGGCCGGAGGAUGUGUGCCGCCCAUUGCUAAACCUCGCUACGCAGUAUGACAGAUCGGGAAAACGGCAAUCAGCCGCCCAGUACGCUCUACGCUGUAUCAUCGAGGCACACACAGAGGACAGCAGCAUCAUACUAUUGCUGCUGAAGGAAUACCUGGCGUUGCAGGGGGAGGGUAAGCCAUCGAUCUGCGCCGCACCUUCCACACCUGGAGAUAUUUUGGCCUUUUCAAAACUGCAUACCUGUAUCGUGGAUGAUGGUAGCGAGCCCAGCAAUGAGCAGCAGAGUGAAUCCACCACAGCAGGUGGAAGUGGAAGUGCCAACAACCGACUCAUGCCGCUCGUCAUGUCAUUGGUCCUGCACUGGGCAAAACAUGUACCGCGUUGGACAGAUAAUCACGUCGGCCCCAUCGUCCAGUGUGUCGUGAAUGCAAGGGUGCCACUGGAGCAAGAGCUCGUCGUUCGAGUUGUGGGACAAAUGGCUUCUGUCUGUGGUUCGACACAAGAGGGUGCAGUGGCGUUGCUUUCGUGUUGCGUACGUAUCCUGGGACGCGAAGGAAAUUAUGAAAACAAAGAGGAAGAAGAGGUGUCACAAUCACGGGUGUGGAUAGAUGAUCUUAUUAAGGACAAUACUGACACCGCGAGUACAAAGGAUCCUGGCUUGUUGAUGUACCAAAUGGUGGCGCCGCUGCUUUGCCUACAUGGGUGUCCACGCGUGGCAUUUGCCUCACCCACUCUAGCAGAGAUGCCGUUGCACAUUCGGCAGCUGUGGGAUAUUCUUUGGAUGGUAAUUCUUUCUGCCAAAUACCGCGAAGCACUUCCUGCGGACGCACAACGUUUGGUGUUGGGGCUUUUGUGUAAAUUCAGUACCACUGUGGUGCUGCAGCGUUUGCAUGACCUCGAGGUACAAUACAUAAGGACGGAAAUGGCAACAAAUGGCACAUACAAUGAGGCCUGUUUUGUGUGUCGUGUCAGCUUCUUUUGUAUUUGUCUCCUGUUAUCGCAGAACAAGGCCGUGUUGCCCUGCGGGAGAACGGGGGCUGAUGCCACUCUAGACAACGAGCUCAACGAAGCCGAACGGCGUCAUCUUUUGGACGGCGCCAUGAUGGCUGGACGUUGGACGGAGCAAGUGGUGAUGCCAUGGCUCCUCAGCGAUGAAGGGAGGGAAAGUCAUGACAUGACUGUCAUUUCGGGUGAUCGUCGUUUAAGCCAAGCCUCGGUGGAGUGCAUGGCUCUCAUCAUGACCGUUGCGUUGAAUUGGGUGGAGUUUGAUGAUGCGGUGGUUGAGCCUAUUAUGCGGCCAUUCUCGCAGUUGGCGACGAUGUGUCGGGAACAUGCAAGUCGUCAGAAAAAAGGUCAUAACGAAGAAGAAUGUCUUCUGGUGUGGGAUGACGCUGUCAACUUGCUUGAACGAUUUGAGUUCGCAGUUCAUGUGCACGAGUACGCUCUUAAACGUCUGCGAGCAUUUCCUUCUGGAAAGAAGUUGGUGUGCCUAUGGUUGACAAAAUACAUGCCACGUGUCAUUGAGCUAGCUAAUGCGGCAUGUGCUAUUGCAACUCGUUCUUCCAGGAAAGACUUGGCACAGGUAGCAGCUGAAUGCUGUAAUAUCCUCGUCUUGGCAGUGUGGGCCUCCAGCGGGGAGACCCAUAAUAAUAAGCCCGCUGGUGAGAUGCCACAUCAGAGGGUGCCGCAGCAGGAAGUGAAUUCAACAAGGUCUGCAAUAAUGUCCAUUGACAGUACGGACAGAAACGCACUCCUUACCUUCGCUGUGGGUAGUGCCAGAUAUUCGAGCCUUCCUCAUGUCCAGUCAGAGGGCGUGAAGUUGUUAACGGCACUUUUGGGCGCGGCACCAGAAAUAUUUGCUGAAGAAUCUGCCCAAAACGAAGAGGCAUUAUCAGAAGCUCUAUCUGUAUUGGGUUCGGUGGCGUUAAUGCACCCUGAUAGCCAAACUCGUGUUUUUGCUGAGCAAGUCCUUUCGGUCAUUGAACGACGUGAAGAGCCAUGA